GUGGGGGGGCUUCCUCCGCUCCAGACGCCCCGCCGACCGGAGAGCCUCAGCCGGACGCGGCUCUGCCGGCGCCCGCCUGGACGGCCUUGCGGGAGCCUCAGGGCGCUUCCCUCCGCUCCGCCCGCGCCCUGCCUGCCGAGGCCGAGCCGGCGCCCCCGGCUACGCUGCCCUCGCCCGACCAGCGCGCCACGGAGGCGGCGGAGUCGCCGGGCGGACGGCAGCAGGGAGGCCGGGCUCCGCGUUUCGGACGGCCGGGAGAAGCGGCUGGAGGGACAGAGCCGGCCGGGAGGGUCGCGCGCCGCGGGGCCUCUCGGGGAAGCCGACGGGGCUGCGGGUUGCCCCUGACGGGGUCGCUGGCCUCCCCGGAGCGGGAGCGGCUUGACCCCGACCCGGCGCCGCGGACGGGGCCUCGCCGCCUCGGAUCUCCGGCCGGCCGGCCGGAUAGGGGCCGCCGGCCCGGGGAGCAGCUGGGGGGUCUCGGCGGGCAGGCAGGAAGGGACCGCGCGGGUUCCACUUCCACAUUGGGGGGGGCGCCGCCCGUGGAUUCCUCCGGGACUUUCCAAAGCGCCGCCCGCCCUCCUUUCGUUGCGGCAAGAAAAAGAAAAAAAACGGGGGACCAACUGGGGAAGUCCGGGAAGGUUCAGGUGGGACGCGAGGCUGCGAAAGAGAUUAAGGGCAGGAGGGCUCGCGCCCACCCGGAACGGUCCCCCCCCCGGGCCCGCUCUCUUUCGGGGACGAAAUGGGCUGGGUGAGCCCGUUAGCCAGGCGCGGCUUCCGAGGCUCCUGCAUGCUCUCCAAGGAAACAGAUGGAGGCAGGAAGAUCUUUUUAUUACAAUUUGAACGCUCUGACUAAAACGGAUUCCUCUCAUUCUAAGAGGGAACCCCGAGACCAGCUUUCGGUCCCUUUUUUUAAUCAAAGAAAAUGCAGGAGAAAAGUUGAUUGGACAGGGCAAAACUAACCCUUCUUUUGCAUAGUAAAUCAGUUACAUAGAAUUAAACACAUACAUGUGACAACAUGUAUGUCCAUUUAAAUGAGGUCUGACGAAAUUUGCCUGGGCGUAAAAUUUAAGAUGUUAAUGAGGAAAAGUCAUAAAUGUGUUUGGAGUUCACAGAGAGUGAAACCAGAUGUACUGGAGAGAAACCAGACAAACUCCAGACAUCCCAUCCUAUUCUGAUCUGGGGAAUAAAGACUGUUUUUUAAUCUGGAAGUUUAGGAAUGUUAGACGUUAUCAUUCAAACCAUUAAUAUCAUUUAAAAGGAGAGAAAAAUAAGUCAAAUGAAAAUUCAAAAUAAUUAAGUUAGCAAGUACAAUACUACAAAGUCAAUGUUGGUUCUACAAAAUCCAUCCUGUAUGACCAUCAGCCCAAAACCUGAACUACUGUAUCCAAAUCCUGGCUAUGGCUGGUGAGAAAGAGGCCCUGCCCCAGAUUUAGGUGUCCUGCUGCCCUGGAGAAAUGAUCAGGUCGAAGGAGGAGGGCAGGAUGGAGGGGGGUGGUUGAGAGGGAGGCCCCACGAUGGAGGAGAGGAAGAAGAAGAGCCCCAAGGCUCACCUGGGCCAGCCGGGCCCUGCAAGCGCGCUGCGCAAGCUGCCUGUUCCGGCCAGCAAGAGUGCCUCUUUCUCGCUGGGGACGCCACACCUCCCAUCUCCGAGGCCAAGAGCCAAGUUUAAGAGAGCAAGCAAGGAGGCGUCACGAGUCCCACAGCUUGGGGGCAAUGCGGGGUCCGUGGUGGGCACCCCCCUGCAGCAUUCGUUCCUGACCGACGUCUCUGAUGUGUAUGAGAUGGAAGGAGGUCUCCUUAACCUGCUGAAUGAUUUCCACUCAGGGAAGCUUCAAGCUUUCGGCAGAGAAUGUUCUUUUGAGCAGCUGGAGCACGUCCGGGAAAUGCAGGAGAAACUUGCCCGCCUGCACUUCGGCCUGGAUGUCUACGUGGAGGAACUUGUGGAAGAUCAGAAGAAAACUGUGGCUGACAGGAAUCUGGACCAGCUGCUGACCAACCUGGAAGAACUCAGCAAUUCCAUACAAAAGCUUCACCUGGCUGAAAAUCCUGAUGUGGAAGAAGCACCCAACACCUAGAAAAGGCAUCGGGAAGGGCCAGGCCGGCCCUCUUGUGGCCCUUCUGAAUGGGCCUCGAGAAAGAUGUCCCACAAGGAUGUCUGGCAGGCAACUGCAUCUGAAUUGUGUUUGUUGAAAGGUUAGGGGCUGCCAGAUGGAAAGAGGCAGAGACACGCAAGCAGGAGGCAGAAAGCUCAAGGGACAAGAGCCUGUUCUGCAUGGCUACCAAACAGAAAGAGAAGCAAGGAAGGCAAAGGAGAGGGACCGGCCAGGAUGCUGAUCCUCCAUGUUGGAGCCCCGAGUCGAGCUGAGAGACCCUCUUUUGCUUAGGUGUGGCAAGAGAAGGAGGCUUCUGGUUUCCUUCCUCUUGCAGUGUCGCUCCAGGUGCCAUAAUGGACAAACCUCUCCGGAAAUUUGUGAUGAGCAGCAGACGUAACACCAAUGGCGGCCCUUUGUUCUCGCUCCUCCUGCUAUGUGAGCUGGGCACCUCUCAUUUUAAAUAGUUUUGUUUUUGUAAGGCUGCACGAGUUUGAUCUCCUGCAUCCUGUGCCUGCUCUGCACAUGGCAUUAGUCUGAGAGCUAUAUAUUAUUCUUUCCUAAGACUACAGUUAGUAUAUUAGGGGUGGGACAAUUGCUUUGGGGAGAGUUUGGAAAAAGCCCCUAUUAUUCAUGAUAAUCCUUUUAUGUUCCUCCUUUUCCACUUGGAUCUACAGCUGUGAACAGAUGAAUUCUGACAGCAUCGAACAUGAAAGCGACUGGGGAACCUUUGUGCUGAGAGGGUUCCUGACAACCUGAUCUAUCCCUGCACUCCCACAUCACCUCCAUUUCCCUGGCUGGGGAUGUGCAGAAGAAGGAACAGACCGAGCUGCUUGGUUUGCCUGCCACAGGCUGUCAAAUCAGGAAAGCCCCUUUGGCCGGGAGCCACCACAAAACCAGAGAGAUAGAGAGACCUUCUGCUCAGCAGGGGGAAGUGGGGAAUUCCGUCCUGAAAACUACUUGGAUCGACUAACCUAUUUCCAGGCUUUGUCUGUUGCUGGAAUUGGGGGCAUUUUUUCCUUUGUAAGCAAUUCCAGAGAGAAGAGCCCUGUGUUAACUUGAGUUCCCUCCCAAAUGCAGACUCUGUGAACCAUCAAUGUGGUGCUGAGAGUGUUAAGCCACAACCUGAAUCACUUACAUAAAAGAAAAAACAUUCUGAAAUUUCA